AUACCACUGCCAGACGCGCUUCCUCAGCGCGGAGCCCAGAUCUGUCCACUCCCACCGAACGUGCUACUACCACUGUCCGGUGACCGACAGUCGCAUAGGCUCUAACAGUGUCGCGGAGCCUUCAUAGGGCGCGUACCGUUGUGAACCCUGCCUCUGAGCUAUGGUCUUUCGAAGAAUGACCAGUCAGCAACAAUGGACGGAGACUGGGAUGAGGUCUCCCGGGUUCCCUUCCCGCCCCCGGGUGUCCACGCGAUGCCGACACCGGUAACCACGAUGACGUUUGACAGCUCCCAGGAGCUGCUGUGGACCGGCAACGACUAUGGUCGCGUUACAUCCUUUCUGGGCUCGGAGCUCCAGAGGUACACUUCCUUCAAAGCGCAUUUGACCCCCGAUGGUCCGGUACGACAGAUAUUGGUGAAUGACAAAGGUAUCGUGGUUUUGGGCUCCAAGGAUGUUCACAUGGCGUUGAGAAGAGGCCCGCCGAUCUGGCAUAUUCGACACGACGACAUGAAAGACUUACGAUGCAUGAGUUUCACAUCGAAAGGCACGGCAGAAAUUCUCGUCGCCGGCCUUCAAGACAAAAUGCUUGUCAUUGACCUCAAUAAGGGCGAGGUUGUCAAGCAGAUCCCAACUGAACACCAGUACUCUAUCAUGAAGCGCGGACGGUAUAUAUGUGCGGCGACCAAGAACGGAUCCGUGAAUCUGCUAGAUCCUGUCAAUUUUGCCGUGGUCAAGUCUUGGAACGCACACUCGGCAUUGAUCAAUGACAUGGAUGCCCAGCACGACUUCAUUGUGACCUGUGGUUACUCUCUGCGACAAGGACAGAAUUACAUGCUGGAUCCCUUUCUCAAUGUGUUUGACAUCAAGAAGAUGUCGUCGAUGCCGCCUAUACCUUUUCCAGCCGGAGCUGCGUAUGUCCGAAUGCAUCCGAGGAUGCUCACCACCAGCAUUGUCGUCUCGCAGACGGGUCAAAUGCACGUGGUCGACCUGAUGAACCCGAACACCAGUAAUGUCCGCCAAGCAAAUGUGCUCACCUAUCUCAGCAUGUUUGAGAUAGCUCCUUCUGGCGAGGCCAUUGCUCUAACAGACCCGGAGUGUUACAUCCACCUCUGGGGAUCACCAUCGAAGCUUCAUUUCGUGGACCUCCCAACACCGGUGGAAUUUGCAAAUCCGGAAGAGCCGUUGCCUCCCAUAGAAUGGACCCCAGAUACCCCCUUGAACUCCGUUGGCUUGCCAUAUUAUCGCGAAGUGCUCGCCUCCGCCUGGCCAGAAACGGUGUCCGAUAUAGGUGCGCCGCCCGCGAGACUGGAUCCGCAGUUCGUCAAUAGUCUGAAGCCGACCGAUUUCGGGCUGUAUGGUCGAAAUACCCGAAGGACUCGCCGAAAUCAGGCUGAGGACACGCGCAAUGCCGGCCAAUCAGCCAACUCUGGCCUCAAAGCACCCAAGUUCUUGAGCGAGAAGGCUCGAGAGUCGGCGAAAUCUGAUACGAAAGCCUCGGACGAGAAGGUGGAGGACCCGGUAGCUCUAUUGGGAGGAACUGAGAUCGAAAGCAAGAGAUCAGAAGUUCCCGUGAUGUAUCGCAAUGUUGAAAUCAAGUAUAGCAAGUUCGGCGUGGACGAUUUUGACUUUGGAUUCUACAACAAAACGCGUUAUUCCGGCUUGGAGAUUCAUAUUUCCAACUCUUACGCCAACUCGCUUCUUCAAAUCAUGAAUUUUACCCCCUUGAUCCGAAACCUGGCACUUCAACACGCCGCCAGUGCCUGUGUCAGCGAAUUGUGUCUGCUUUGUGAACUUGGCUUCUUGUUCGACAUGCUACAGAAGGCGGACGGAUCGAUUUGUCAAGCUACCAAUUUGUUGAGAACAUUGAGUAAUCACCCGCAAGCUGCUCCACUAGGGCUGCUUGAAGAGGACUCGCCUGGCUCAUCGUUGAAUGUCAUGCUUCAGGGCCUCACUCGAUUCCUUCUGGACAGAAUUGUGCAAGAUUACAGAAGCAUCUCUCCAGCGUCCAUCGCAAUGGAACAGGUCCUGGCAACGUCUGCAACCACCUCAAUUCGAUGCAUGAACUGUAGGAGUGAAUAUACUCGGCCCGGUUCGACGUUCGUCAACGAUUUGCUCUACCCUCCUCAUAAACCGCCUGGGCGCAACAACAAGAUGCCUCGCGUAACCUUUUCUCAGGUCCUUAAGAGCGGUGUUGAGAGAGAGACGACGUCGAAGGGCUGGUGUGGCCGUUGCCAACGCUACCAGACCAUUGCUACCCGGAGAUCCAUACAUAGCAUCCCCGCAGUUCUGAUGCUGAACACGGCCAUCACGAAUCCAGAUCACCGAAUGCUGUGGUCAACCCCUGGUUGGCUGCCGGAAGAAAUCGGCAUCAUUGUUGACCAGGGACAGUUUUAUUGUUACGAGGGCGAAGACCUGAAGCUCCACCUCCAGCGAGGCAUGCAUAACAUUAUGGUCUACUCGCUUAUAGGCAUGGCGAUAAAUAUUGAGAGCGGCCAGACGCAAAAGCCUCACCUUGUGGCGAUGGUGAACACUGCGCACGCUGAGCAAGAAUCACCCGGCCAAAGCCAAUGGCACCUCUUCAACGAUUUCUUGGUUCGUUCCGUCAGCACCGAAGAAGCGCUCACUUUCAAUACGUCAUGGAAAGUUCCCUCGGUCGUGGCCUAUCAAGUCAAGCAAGCAAACAAUAAGAUCGACAUGGAAUGGAGGAGCCAUUUGGACACAUCCGUGCUCUACCAGGAUCUCAACCCCAACGUGGACCCCGAGAACAGGACCUAUGAGAUCCUGGAUCCCGAAAAUGAGACUCCUGGUCCCCAAAGCAUCCUAGCUCUAGACACAGAGUUCGUCGCGGUGCGUCAGCCAGAAAUCGAAAUGAACUCAGAUGGCGAACGAGAAACGAUUCGACCUAUAGUGUACGCACUUGCGCGGGCCUCAGUGGUGCGCGGGCAAGGCGAGAAGGAAGGCCUGCCAUUCAUCGAUGACUACAUUGCCAUCAAAGAGCCCAUUGUGGACUACCUCACGUCUUACUCUGGCAUCACAGAGCAGGAUCUUGACCCGCGCAUCUCAAAACACAGCUUGUUGCCACUCAAGAUAGCGUACAAGAAGCUUUGGAUCCUCCUCAACUUGGGUUGCAAAUUCUUGGGCCACGGGCUGAAGCAGGAUUUCCGGGUCAUUAACAUACACGUACCGAAGGCGCAAGUUAUUGAUACGAUCGACCUCUUCUUCCUCAAGUCGCGACUUCGCAAACUGUCGCUGGCUUUUUUGGCGUGGUAUCUACUCAAAGAGGACAUUCAACUCGAAACUCACGACUCUAUCGAGGACUCCCGCACUGCGCUCAAGCUAUAUAAGAAGUACCUUGAGUUCCAGGAUGCGGGCAUACUGGAGCCGAUGCUUCAGGACAUCUAUCGCGCUGGCAGAGACGUCAACUUCAAACCCCCGAGGAAGGAUGACGUGGAUGUUCAGAGGACUGACACGCCGCCUCUUCCCGUAGAGGCAAAUGUUGCAGGGACGUCGGCGCCGUCAACGCCAGUGCGCAAGACCAGUGGGUUGGCUGCUCCGCCGCAAGGGACAUUUGGAGGGGUGAGCUGGACACCAGGAAAAGGAUCACCGCUGCGGUAGGUAGGCAGGCGUAGAAUGUCCUGGUAACGGCAACGUUGGCAGUGGAGUUGGCUGGGCGUUGAUGUUGUGGUUGUGUGUCGCUGGUCACCAACAGUUUUACCCUGUCGUGUGGACAGCGGAGAUGUGCCAUUAUAUUUGGAUCUUCUACAACGCGCUUUGGCCAAAUCACCCCCAUCUCGCUGUACCAUGUUGUCCAUCGUACGCAUUAUUCAAUUGCCGAAUAUCUAUCCCACCGUAUAUCAGGC